AUGCCAUCAAAGGUGAGAUCCGAUGAAGUAUAUGGUGCCUUUAACCAGCCUGGCACCAAAAUGCAGAAGCAGGCAGGGUCCUCUCGCCAACAGAAUUACAAGAUGAAGAAAUUCAUGAAGGGGAGAGCCAAGACCCUGGGGGUUAUUCAGAUCGUGAUCGCUCAUAUGAACCUUGCCUGUGGAAUAGCUAUGAUGUUUGAGAGAGAUGAGCUCUAUCUUUUUUAUGUAGCGUAUUCUCUCUGCGGAGGCAUAUCUUUCAUUAUUUCAGGAUCCCUCUCAAUUGCAGCUGAACAAAAGAACACAACAUGUCUGGUACAAGGCAGCCUGGCCAUGAAUUUUGUUAGCUCCAUAUUCUCCGGAGCAGGGAUUAUCUUCUUCCCAAUCUGUAUUACCUAUAAAACCUAUUGGAGCACUGGUUUAAAUUCCUUCUGGAGUGCUGGGCUGGUAUCAGCAGGAUUGAUCUUAACCAUUCUGGAAUUCUGCACUGCGCUGUCCUUCACAAUCUUUGUUUGGAAAGCAUCUUGCGAUGACUUGGAUCAGGAUGUCAGUGAUAAGCCUGCUGAUUCUAAAAAGCCAGUGGCAGCUCCCCAAAUCGAUCAAGGCUUGAGAUAUCAUUCCCCGGAAUAUGAAGAAUUGACUUUUUAAUUGAAAUUUGAUUUACCAUACCAUCCAGGGAUACCCCACCCCCCACCCCAACUCUGCACAUAGU